AUGCAGGUCCCGGAGCAGCAGCGGCAGCAGAGGGCGCCCGUGAUGGCAAUGAACUCGGACAUGGUGGUCAUCCUGGCGUCGCUCUUGUGCGCGCUCGUCCUCGCCCUCGUCACCCACUGCGCAUGCAGACGCCGACGCUACGCCAAUUCUCCUCCUCCCCCCAAGGGCCUCAAGAAGAAGGACAUCGAUGCUCUCCCCACCGUCUCCUUCGCUGCCGCGGCUCCAGCGCAGUCAUCGUCGUCGUCGUCGUCAGAAUGCGGGAUCUGCCUGGCCGAGUUCAUGGAGGGGGAGGGACUGCGCGUGCUCCCGCAGUGCGCCCACGGCUUUCAUGUCGCAUGCGUCGACGCCUGGCUACGGACCUGCGCCACAUGCCCCUCCUGCCGCGCCCCCAUGGUUGCCACGCCCGCGACUCCCACUGUGGUGGUCGUAGUGGCGGCAAACAACAGGUGCGAGAGGUGCGGCGAUCGAGAUGGCGGCGCCUAA